GUUGAUUCAAAGUGACGAAGCCCGAAACUCCGAGAGGGAGGAAUACUGUCGUGGUGGGAUCGGGGAGGAUGUUGCAGUUCCCGGCGUUCAUGACGCAGUACCCAUCAUCUACGAGGACGAUUCCGACGUUGUUCCUGCUACCAUCUCAGUGGUCCCAAGCUCAAAACGAAGAGCUACUCCUCGCCAUGGAGGAGUCCAAUUUCGAGGAAAAGAUAAAUGAAAUCAGAGAAACUAAUAGAAACUCAAUUGUGAUUGGGAAAACCACUGCUGAUAAUGAUAAAGAAGAGGAUGAUAAUGAAGCAGAUGAUGAUGAUGCUGACAAUGCCGAGGAAUCAGAGGGUGAGGAAUUUGAGCAAGAAACCGGCUAAAGAUGAUGGGCAUAUCUUUGUUUAUUGCAGGAUUCUACUCUGCAUUUGCGUAUGUUGUCUCAUCGACUCUGAAAUUUAUGACCAACUUCUCAAAUGACUCCCUAAUGUUUGUUAUGAUAUUUGUGAACUCAAACUCCAUGUCCCGUAACAUUUUUAAUCUCUUUUGAUUAUUCCUAUUGUGAGGAAGAUUAAAAGUACAUGUUCAACUCCUUGAGUAGCAUCAUUAGACUUGUUAAAUAGGUUGGAUUGGGUGAGAUUGAAUUUAAUUACUUAUAUUAUAAGUUUAUACAGUUUAAUUAUUUCAAAUUUUGAAUUAAAGGAUUAGACUUAUG